UUGCUUACAGCUAUGUGAGAUUGUACGGAGUUCAGUAGCCGGUUGACAGCCGGCCGAGCAGGCGGCGUGACGCACUGCUGAACCGCGCGCCGCCUGAUCGCGAUCAAUCACUGUAAAUAAAUACAUUUUAUACUUACAUUAACGUGCUCCGCGGCACUGCCUCAAGUGUACGGCCGGCAGUUUCCAAAAUAUUUUGAGUGCGCGCCAGUGUUUACAAAAUACGAACCCUCGGACCUGCGUGUUACACAUUUGAUAUGAUUUACAUCUCUCCAUUGAAGUUACUGCCGUGUGUGAAUUUAUCAAUAGUUUACUGUAGUAUAAUCCGAUUUGACGAAUGACGUUCAAGACUGGAGUUCGAUCCUCGAGCACUGGCGAGCCGGGGCUCAGCUGACCGUGGGAUGGAUUUAACAGUGUACCCGUACUUCUAGUAUUCAAUUUAGUAUUACACUAAUGUUAGAACUUUGACUGUGCUUUAUAGACGUCUUUUAAGUGAAAAUUAAAAAGAAAACUGAACAAUGGCGGAACGGGAUCGUCCGGCGAAUGCGAAAACCCCGAUUAGGGUGGGUUUUUACGACAUCGAGAGGACCAUCGGCAAAGGCAACUUUGCCGUCGUAAAGUUAGCUCGACAUCGAAUUACGAAGACUGAGGUAGCAAUUAAGAUAAUAGAUAAAUCUCAACUAGACGCCAGCAAUCUUCAGAAGGUGUACCGGGAAGUGGACAUCAUGAAGAGACUGGAUCAUCCUCAUAUUAUUAAGCUUUAUCAGGUCAUGGAAACAAAAAACAUGAUCUACAUUGUAUCGGAAUACGCUAGCAAAGGGGAGAUAUUUGACUACAUCGCUCGGUACGGCCGGAUGGCGGAACAGGCGGCGCGGCGCAAGUUCUGGCAGAUCCUGUCUGCCGUGGAGUACUGCCACGAGCGGAGGAUCGUCCACAGGGAUCUCAAGGCCGAGAACUUAUUGCUGGACGCCAACAUGAGCAUCAAGAUCGCGGACUUCGGGUUCAGCAACUACUACGCGCGCGGCUCGCUGCUGGCCACCUGGUGCGGGUCGCCGCCCUACGCCGCGCCCGAGGUCUUCGAGGGCAAGCGCUACACCGGGCCCGAGAUUGAUAUAUGGAGUCUGGGAGUGGUCCUAUACGUGCUGGUGUGCGGCGCUCUCCCGUUCGACGGGUCCACUCUGCAGUCCCUACGGGACCGAGUGCUGUCCGGAAGAUUUAGGAUACCUUAUUUUAUGAGCGAAGACUGUGAAUCCCUAAUCCGCAAGAUGCUAGUCCUAGAGCCCACGAAGCGCUACACCAUAGAGCAGAUCAAGAAGCACCGGUGGAUGUCGGCGGAGCCCUACGCAGCGCCGGUGGCAGCGGCGGACCCGGCCCGGAGCCCCGCGCACGCGCCUGCGCAGGACCACAACGAACAGGUGCUGAGGCUCAUGCAGAGUCUCGGCAUCGAUCCGGUUAAAACCAAAGAGAGUCUCCGCUCGAACAGCUACGACCACCACGCGGCGAUCUACCUGCUCCUACUGGAGCGACUGCGGUCGCGGGCGGCGGGAGGCGCGGGGAGCGCGGGGGAGCGCCGGCCCUCGCGGCGACCCUCGUCCGUGGCCGACCAGGCGCUCUCCAGGGACGGGCUGGAUGUGCGAAGGGAUCCGCAUACGAGGCUACUCCACAGUGGGGAAUCUCAAUCGCGGGACUACAACCGCGCGUCGCCGGCGCUGGCGGGAGACUCCAGCGCUGAGACGCAACGGCUUCUCUCCCUCGCCGGAGUCAACAUGACGGAGCAGCGCCUGCUGCAGCGCAACUCCGACCCUUCCGCCAGCUUCCUCGUCAACAGCGACCUUCUGCCCAAUAGGAACCACGAGACCGAGGCCACCCGCCUCCUCUCCAUGAGAAACGUCGAGGUAGCACAGUCCAACCAGAGGUUAGGGAAGCUGAACGACAACGCGAUACCGGCACACAGGCUCCUGUCGUCCACCUACGAACAGCAACAGAACAUCCUCAAACAAUCCAGUGAGGACUGCAGAAGACUUCUGCAGCAGUCGACCACGGUAGGAUCCGAGUCCAGUAAAAGUACAGGCGACGGCACCCGACUCUUGACAUCGUCCAGCUUUGACUCUAAAUGCGCUAUUGAUGGUGGACGGAAUUCACUGAACACAGAACACAAUGCCAUAGCAAAUUUUCUGCAGAAUUCUGCCUCUGCGACUAACUUUAAUCUGGAACCAAUGAAGCUGCCUAGCUCUACGACGUUCACGAUGUGUUCAGAAGCGGCCAAGCUAAUGAAUACGUUACAACAAUCGCCAUUGCCACUGAAGGGAACAAUCAACUUAAGCACUAGUCCAAUACCGCCACAGUUCACUGACACUAAGUUGUGUAGCGUGUUAGAGCAGCCCACGCCGCUUGAAUCAAGCCGGCUCGUCUCUCAAGCGCAACAACAAGACCUGAGCAGGCUACAGAGCAGCACACCUCCAUUUAAAGAGUACAUGAACCAUCAUCUGCCGACGUACUCCUCGCACUUGCCAAAUACUGUCCUGCCAACUCUGACAAGCACCACAGACGCACCCUAUACUGCCACAUCAUCAGCUACCGGUGAUUUAUUUCCGAAUACACUGUACAGGCCAGAUAGUAAAUUUUCAUUGAACAGAUUCAGCACCGGACAGACAUUUCAAGGGAUUCAAGGUACGACCACGAGUGAGCCGACAAAAUUUCAACAACAGUAUUCGUCUUCAACAGAUGAAGGGUGCGAGACAGAUAUGGAGGACGUAGCGAGCGCGCCGAGCGGCGGCGGCGGCGGCAGCGGCGGUGCGGCGCAGAACCGCCUGAGCUCGUACGCCAGCUCCAGCUCCAGCAGCGGCGUCGUCACCUUCUUCAACAACAAGAGCCUCAGCCAGAACCUCAGCUGCGACUCUUCGCAGAGCAACUUCUCCACGUUCGAAAGUCUAGACUACCAGCUCUCGGAUUGCUCCAGUGAGCUCGCCAGCAGUUUGCCCAGUUGUACAUCGACGGAAGAUAAGUUGGCUUACGAAAACAGCUCUAUAGUGAACACGAGUCCUAUGCACCCUUGUGUUUAUAUUUCUUCGUACAAUAGUAAAACACCAGGAACGGGAUUACUGGCUCGGCACAAUCCACUGAACUACCAGUCUUCUAACAAAAAUUGCACCCGAGCCAUGACGCGGAGCCCCGUAGACUUCAGAGAGGGGCGUCGAGCCAGCGACGGACUAGUCGCCCAGCAAGCGGCACAGUCAAACGAGUCACAAAUGCCAAACUUGGCCUUCAACAGUCAAAGAUUGAAUGAAAAAGACAAAGCAAAAGGAGUUCUAGAGCUUCAUUUAGUGCAACAAGAAGCACAGAAACUAAAGACGCAGUACCAGUCCACGCUGCCCGCGGAGGAGAUGACACAGCGCCAGAUGCAACACAACCAAUUCGCUGCCAAUUUCAGUCCACAUUACUUAGAUACUAAAACCCCCACGCCAAAGAGAAUAAGUCUUCCCGAGUCUUUCAAUUACUCGAGCACGUCUCCGCCGAUGCCCGCGAGCCCCAAGAUGGUGGCGCAGAUCCCGGAGCCGGAGCUGCUGGCGCCGCCCGCGCCGGGCAGCAAGCCGCCGCUGCAGCAGCAGCUCAUGCAGCACCGCCUCUACCAGCAGAAGCGGCAGCUGCUGCAGAAGCAGAUGGCGCCGGCGACCAUGACCGCGCACGACCUCAGCACCCUGCACUCGCUGCAGGCGGGGCUCAGCCGCCGCCAGAUGCUGCGCCAGCAGAGCUACAAGAUCGCGCAGCAGCAGCAAGUCCUGCCGCCGCUGCCGCUCACCGAGACUGAGAACCGGGACCUGCUGGCGUUCCAGGCGAUCGUGGAGGGGCCGAACCGCUCCCCGAAGCACAAGCCGGAGGAGAGCCAGGAGGAGCUCGCGAAGUUUGCAUAUCAGGGGUCGAUGGAGAUAAGCAUAAUGAACAAGGAUAGGUUAGGAAACGAGACGUGGUCGAACCUGCCGUCCAGCCUGCAGACUGCGUGCCAGAUCUCGGAGGCGCGCGCGGCGCGGACGGGCGCGGGGGCCGCGGGGGCCGCGGGGGUCGCGGAGGGGGAGGACGCGCCGCUGUGGCCGGCGCAGUGGGCGGCCGGCCUGUUCCCGCCGCAGCCCUGCUUCCAGGUAUUCCAACAGAUCAACUAGAUCUUCACAUAGAGUAGUCUAGAAUGUUGUUUCGUCGAAUGUGUGCACGCGCUGUAGAGGCUGAACUAGUUACGUUGCUAGACUCCGAAGGUCGUCGCCGACUUGCUAGCUGUGGUUCCCGUUAAUUAGUUAGAUAGUAAGUAGAAUCAUUAUUCAGUGUAAGAUACAAGCACCUUGUAUGGACUUAGUGUAAUCAUUGGACUUCCCUUACUCGUGAAAGUGCAUGACAAUAAAAACCUAAGUAAGUACUUAGGUAUUCUUAAAAAAGCCAACGUCUCAGCGUUAGGCAGUAGAUAAAUUCGUAUCCAAAUUUAUGAACCUAAAUUGUGAACAAAUUAUCCGUAAAUUAUGGUUUUUAAUUCAUGUUUUCUAUCAGCCAUUGAGAAUCUAUUAAUUGUUACCAUUAUACAAUUAAAACCGAGCUUUUAACUUACCUACUUCGCAUUCCUAAAUUUGUUAAAACUAGUAUUUUAUUUCUAUGAACAUCACUUAAAAAUGUUCCUACUGAUUCAGUAUCUAUAGGUACUUCAUGGUACAUACCUACAUUAUUUAUUAUUAUUAGCAAUCGUUUUUAUCGUUUUCAUAAGUCUGUAGAUAUACUUAAUUGUUUUGUUAUUAUUUGCUUAAACUAUAAAGAUGAUAAUAUAUUAUGUAAUUAUGUAUUUAAGAUGUGAAAGCUUGAUUUAGAAGCCGAUUAUAAUUUAAAUAAAUGUAAAAUCUAUACUA